AUGUCACACUCCGAUCAUUCUCGCGAUCCAUGUCCUUGGGUCAUCCUCAACGACUUCGGAGGUGCAUUCGCAAUGGGCGCUAUCGGAGGCACGGUAUGGCAUGGUGUCAAAGGAAUGCGGAAUAGUCCUAAAGGCGACAGGUUGAGUGGAUCGCUAGCGGCCAUCAAAGCCCGGGCUCCAGUCGUAGGAGGCAACUUUGGCGUGUGGGGAGGGAUGUUUUCCAGUUUCGAUUGUGUGGUCAAAGGAUAUCGGCAGAAGGAAGAUCCCUGGAAUGCAAUCUUGUCCGGGUUCAUGACGGGAGGCGCCUUAGCUGCACGAGGAGGGGUCCGGAGCAUGGUGGGAAGUGCAAUCGGCUGCGGAGUCUUACUGGGCGUCUUCGAGGGUGUUGGAGUGCUCUUCCAGAGACUUUUUGCAGAAAACAACCGACCAAUCGCACCCCCGGUGAGCCAUGUGGCCAUAACCUCAGGUCACAUGAUCGGUAUGAACGCACAGAUGCCUGCCGCGGGGGGAUCCGGCUCAAGCCACACCCGAAACGGACGCACUCCCUAA